CUUCUUUCAGCUGAGCCGAACACGCAGAGGGGGCGGGGCCGUGUCGCUGAUCCAGAGUCAGAUGAUACAGAUGCGAACUGAAUCCAGAUCAACAGACCCAGAACAUCAGCUGAUCUGGAAACAGUGCCGAGCACACGCGCUCCAUUGACUGACAGGGACAAGACAGUCGGGCGGUGUUUGUCGUUAACGUGGAUCAGUGACCACACCGCUCACCCGAGAGACUCUGGUGAACAAACCAAAGUGACAAACUGUGACAGUACAGUCGAAGCGGAGGAAUUCGGGUAAAAUCGAAAGUGGGUCCUCCGCUGUUGACCGCUCUGCCCCGGUGGACACAGGCUCGACCCCGGGUCCAUGGUAGCGCCGCUCGGACGUGGAGCGGAUCGACACGGUGGGACACCCUGGAAGAGACGGAGAAGCCCCGGGAGGACGCCGGUCACCGCGGACUCGAUGUGAGGAUCGUCGCGGCAACAUGUGACAUGAACCGGGAGAAAACUGCGACCGAGGCCAACGACAUCAUGUUGGUCCGGAGCCCGCCCGGCCGGGGCCGAGCCAGAGUGACUCACGCGGUGGUGGUGAUCUUCCUGGAGUUCUUCGCAUGGGGGCUGCUGACCACGCCCAUGUUGACCGUUCUUCACGAGACGUUUCCUCAGCACACCUUCCUGAUGAACGGCCUUGUUCAGGGAGUGAAGGGCUUCCUGUCAUUCCUGUCAGCUCCUCUGAUUGGUGCUCUGUCAGACAUCUGGGGCAGAAAGUCCUUCCUCCUCCUGACGGUCUUCUUCACGUGCGCUCCCAUCCCCUUCAUGAGGAUCAGCCCCUGGUGGUAUUUCGCUCUCAUCUCAGUCUCAGGGACCUUCGCUGUGACCUUCUCGGUGAUCUUUGCCUACGUCGCUGACAUCACAGAGGAACACGAGCGGAGCACCGCCUACGGCCUGGUGUCUGCGACCUUCGCAGCCAGUCUGGUGACCAGUCCGGCGAUCGGCGCCUACCUGUCGGCCCAGUACGGGGACAGCCUGGUGGUCCUGGUCGCCACGGUGAUUGCUGUGGCAGACAUCGCCUUCGUGUUCUUCAUCGUCCCCGAGUCGCUGCCGGACAAGAUGAGGCUGACGUCCUGGGGCUUCCCCAUCUCCUGGGAGCAGGCCGACCCCUUCGCAUCUCUGCGUCGUGUAGGUAAAGACCCGACGGUGCUGCUGAUCUGUGUCACCGUGUUCCUGUCCUAUCUGCCUGAGGCCGGACAGUACUCCAGCUUCUUCCUGUACCUGAAACAGGUGAUCCAGUUUUCUCCCGCAGCCAUCGCUGCCUUCAUCGCCAUGGUGGGAGUCCUCUCCAUCAUCGCUCAGACUCUGCUCCUCGGGGUUCUCAUGAGGACCGUGGGGAACAAGAGGACGGUUCUGCUGGGCCUGGGCUUCCAGCUCCUCCAGCUCACCUGGUACGGCUUCGGCUCCGAGCCCUGGAUGAUGUGGGCGGCAGGGACAAUAGCAGCCUUGUCCUCCAUCACCUUCCCAGCCGUCUCUGCUCUGGUGUCACACAGUGCGGCACCUGACCAACAAGGUGUGGCUCAGGGGAUGAUCACCGGUAUCAGAGGAUUGUGUAACGGUUUGGGUCCGGCUCUGUACGGCUUCAUCUUCUUCCUGUUCAAUGUGGAGCUGGACGACAUAGAGCCGGUGUCAGGAAGACCCACAAAGAUCACAGAGAAGUCCAUGAUCCCCGGCCCCCCCUUCCUGUUCGGAGCGUGCUCCGUCUUCUUCGCCCUCUUGGUGGCGUUCUUCAUCCCAGAGAACCAGCGACUGGCCGACGUCAAAACCAGCUCCGCCCGCAAGACCAGUGGCGCCACCGCCCUGAGCGCCAGCCCUCUGGCCACGCCCACCAGUGACACAGAGGACAUUGAGCCGCUCCUGCAGGACAGCAGCCUGUGACUGACAGCUGGCCCGGCCAAUCACAGCGCUGAGGCCUGAGCUCCACUCUGCAGGUCCGGCCCAUUUCAAAAUGAAGAGCUUUUAUUUUGUAUUUCCUCAGAUUCUGACUGUUCAGAGAAGAGUCAGGAAACAUCAGGCGGCAUCAAACCGACGAGCUGGUUUCAUCGACCCACAGACAUCAUAUUCAUAGAGCUCAUGUUUCAUCAUCAAUCAGCAGGAGGGUUAUUAACAUCCAAAAAAAAAUCUGAUUGAUUAAUUGUUUCAACCAAAAAUUCCACAUUCUCUGGUCACAGAUCCUCAGAUGAGAUGUUUUCCUGAAACCAGAUGUUUUAUAUAUAAUAACUGAUAUUUAGAGCAACAUAUUGACAUCAACUACACACUUAUGAUAAUAUCAUGUAACUAAUCGAGCGGCUCUCCAUCAUUAGUUAGUUUUGUGUAGUGACAUUAAAAUCUGCUCGGACGCACAAACAUCAACCAAGUGGAAUUUGACUGAAUUAUUAUUUUAAUUCAAUUUUCUACAGUUUAUUUUCAAUCAUAUCUUUAUUAUGAAUCUUUUUGUAGUGAAAGUUACGUCAUCAGAUUAAAAACUAAUAAAACUAAACAGUCACUGUUAAGCUGCCGCCUGUUGUCAGGUGGGGGGGGGGGGGGGGGUCGUAGUCUUUCAGUCUGCAUGGGGCUUCAUCUGGUUCACAUGUAACAUCAGGAUGGAUCACGAGCAGCGUCUACAUGUUGGAACCUUCUCACCUGACGAGUGUGAAGCUCUGAACCAGGUGUGAACGAGUCCGGAGUCAAACCUCCAGACGCUCAGGUACUGAGGCUCACUGGUGUUGAUGGAGUCGCUCCACUUGGAGAUGUGAUAUUAAUAACACGCUCUGCAGAUAGACUCAAUCUGGACCUGAAAACAAAUUGUGCCAUUUUGUUAUUUUACUUUUAGUUAAUAUUGUUUGUAAAGUUUGUUAAAAGUAAAAAUAUCACAUUCCAGAGAAGAGGAUUCAGUUUGAAGGGGGACGGCUCCUCCCACAGGCUCCUCCCACCUGGAGUCACUGGUUUGAUUUCCAUCGUUCAGACGUUUCACUGAAUCUUUGAGUUUCUGGAUGUUCAACCUCAAGCUGCAGAUGUUUGUUCACCAUCGAUCCCAGUUACUGUAAACGAGACGCAGAUGAAUCUUUGACUGUGGUGGUGGACUCAUGUCUGCCCCUGGUGGCUGGGACAGGUUACAGUCUCAUGUCAGCAUCAUCAUCUUCAUCAUCAUCUUCAUCUUGGUUUCCUGACGCCAGCUUCAGCCUCACGGAGCUGAACUGAUCAUCGUCUCAAAGUUUCACGUUAUUAUUUAAUCUUGAACUUUCUUUUCAAACCAAACUCCUCAACUCGGCCGAGAAGUUCCUGUUCUACUCUCUGUAGCUGAAGAUGUCAAACAAAGACAGACGCACCUACAGGAUCUUUUUCUACAGGUCCGUCUGCAGAGUCGUUACUGAAUGUCCCAGAAUGCACCCUGUCUCGCAUCCGUCUGCUGCUGCGUUCGAGUCUCGCUGGAAAAUUCCUCUUGAGCGCCGUCGGUUCUCACGAAGAAACGUUUGAUCAGAUGUGAAUGAACGGGAAUCACAGAGUUUUUUAUUUUCUAGUUUUAGAAUAAUUCAGAUAAACUUGUUUUUAGACUUCUUGGGAUUUUCCAGCGGACGUGAACAUCAGCAGAUUAUAUGUCAACAUGUUUAUUUCAUGUAAACGAAACUUGAACAGGUUCUGAAUUUAAAAAUCAAGUUUCACUCAUUUUGGUUCUGAAGAGAUAUCAGUAUUUUCACAGGAGCCGUUAAACCUCGUUAGUUUUUUUUUUGGGGGUAACAACCAAAAUAUGUUUUGGUAAUUUCCACUCUGUGUUUUACAAAAUCACUAUAGUUGUAAAAACUGAGUUGAGACAUUUAACAUGUGAAACAUUUCAUUUACAGACGUCUUGAUAUUGACAUAAAUCAGGUUUUUCUUUUUGUGUCAAAACUUUUAAAGAACUAAACCAAGUUUCUUUAUAUUUGAUGUUAAUCUCUGAAAACUUGAGCUGAUCGUGUUACUGAAGGUUCUGUUCAACCUGCUGACGGAGAGAACAGCUUAAUCAUUGGAGGAGAGACGGUCACUGAUGCAGUCAAACAUAUAAAGUGGAGAUAUUGAAUAUAUAUAUAUAUUCAAUAUCACCCCCCCUCCUUUGUGUACAUGAUGCAGAACAUUUGCUGACACUGCACUUUAAUUUCUCUGAACGUGCCUCGAAUCAUUCUCCAUGUUGAUAUCGUUUUUAUAGAGAAACCAAGAGAAGUGUUGUGCAUCUUUUAUCUUAUUAAGAACAUAAUUUUGAAUAAUAUCUAUAAUAAUAAUAAAGAGAAAUGUAUUGAA